AUGGCGAAAACCAAAACAACUGGUGGUGAGCCACUGAAGAAGUGUCCAUUUUGUACGUUCAAGACGGGACUUCAUUCGGAGUGGAAGGACCACAUGGCGGAAUGUUAUGAGAAAAGAUACUUUUGUAAAAAAAAAUGCGACUAUUCAACAGACAAGAAAGUGAACUACUUGCGACACCUGAAGAGGAACCACGCAGAGCAACCUGAUGGGAACCAGAGCAGUGCCCAGCAAACUGGUAGAUGCUCAGACAGUUGUGGGACAAGUUCAUCUAAAGAACCCAAUGAACCAGAAUCAUCGGACGAAGAGGAGUGGUUGUCACAGGAACCUGACAUAGCCAUUGAAGAGGAGCCAGAAAGUACUGAAAGCAAAAACGCCGAUGAAUGUUCAUCUGCUCAACGCCCUCAGGAUCAAGACGAUCGACUGGUAGUGGAUACAACCACAAGAAAACGAACACAGCCACUGCCUGUUUAUACUCCCAGCAGGACAAAGACCCCAAGGCUUGAGAAUGUGAUAGGUGAUGUUGCAGUUCCAGUUCAGACUGUAGAUAAGGGUGUUCACACCGACCCUGUGUUGUACACUAAAUCAAUUAAGACGACAACUAUUGUAAAGGAACAUGGUCGCAAGAUUGUGACAGUGAAAAGAGAGAAGAUGUUGUGA